UACUACGACACGUUCAGUCGACGCUUCGUAGCACAACGCAACGCCAGCAAGUUCACAACUACUGUUGAGACUAGCUCGAAACAAAAAUCUGACGACCGUCCGCCAUGGUUCGGUUAAUCAGUGUCCGAUGCAUGAUAGCUGCAUUACUGUGAUUUUUUUCCCACUGGAUCUCGUUUGAAUACGUACAGACCAACGUCAUAUUAUUAGAUUUCGUAAAACGCAACAUUUUCUGUCAAACAAAACAAACCAUAUAGCUUCAAUUUUUUUUCGAUUUCAAAUUCACAAUCCCACAAACAUCAAGAGUUUCCGCCACCACACCGCGUCGAUGUUGUUAUUUUAAUUUUAUAAAAUAUACCGACGAAAUCAGAAAAUCCACAGUAACCCAUAUAACUGCAGAUAUCAUCCAUACGUUACAUAAUCAUCAUUGCUGUUGUCGUUUGAACUUGCGCUACGACCAAUCAUUCAAACUGCAUUACAAUAAUCAGAAGCUCCGCACGCCGACCGCAAAAACGGAGACCAUACUGCAGUCAUCUGGUUAGUGGUCACCUGGUAUCGGUUAUAGUGAUAGAGUAGAAUGAACGCGCACCAUCGAAGAUCCACGAACGUUGGUUCCGGACGUGACGGCCCUCCGCCUCCGCGAUGCUGACUCCACUCUUAAGCAUUAGACAGCAAUUUCAUUGCAAUUAAAAAAUAUACUAUAAAAAACAUUUUCCAGUUCUCUAGUUUUACCUACAAAGCAUCAUCUUCACCCGGUAACCAUAAUCACUAUUAAUUUUGUUUCUAUUAAUAUUGCAAGUACUUACUAUAAUUUUAUAUUAUACCUACGUCAUGUCGAUUGCAUGUACAUUUUUACGGAUGUUUUGUUUGCUUUUUGACUUCAACCUUUUGUCAUAUUCCAACUUCUGAUGGCUUAUAACUAUUUUGAUGCAAAUAUUAUUGUAAUUCCAAACAUAAAUCCUUUUGUUUUUACUUUUUAUAUUUUUAUAUUUUAUUAAUUAUUUGCAUAAAAAAACAAAUACGAGUUAGUGGCCUAGUGAUAGUACUGGUUGAGCACAUAUCUUUUAAUAUAUCAUACUAUUGUAUAUGUUCUAAGCCUUAGGUCUUUAAACCACGGUCAACAUUAAUAAGUCAUUAUUUGAAGCAUUUUCUGUACAAUGUUUAACAACAAAAGCAACAUUUACUUCAUUUUAAAAACAUGUUUUAUUCAUGCUUAUAAGUUAUAACCUAGUUGAGUACGACAAAACCGUCUAUUUAUUAUAAUCAUACUCAAAGCUUAUAAUUUAAUUAUGCUACAAUUUACUGUUAGCUAGACAAACCUAGGUCAUGCAUUUUAAGGGAUUUUCUAGUGAUAAUUAAAUGUGUUUUGAACGCGAGUUUCUUAAACGAUUUUAUUAUUUAAAUAAUAUUUGUAGGUAAUGUCGUCUAUUCUAGUAAACCUUUCACAAAUACCAAUAAAUCGAUAAAUAUCGUGACAGGAGACUAGUAAUAAUAAUUAUCAUACACCACAGCAUCACUUGUAUUCAAUUUUAAUGAUGGGUGUUUUGUUGUUAGGCUUAUGGUAAAAAUCCCAAAAAUGUUAUGCGUUUCCCUCUGAAAUAAAAACCAAUUAGAUAAAAAUAUAUUCACAUAAAGCUAUCUAUGAUUUUGGUAGUUAUCGGCGUGUUUUAUUAUACCAGCCACACAAAUGUACUUGCUUCGUAUUGAUAAUAUAGUUUCAUAUCUGACCUUUAAGUCGUGAGUUCGACGAAUAUUCACUUGGAUGUGUGCAUAGAGAUAUUAUUAAAUGUUAUUAUCAAGUUGUUACCUGUUAGGAAAAGGCGCUGUAUAAAUAACAUUAUUAUUGUUUUUAGAUUAGCUCAACAAAUUAAACACAAUAAAUUCUGAUAAUUUUUUGCACGGUAUUUAUUUUUUGCUGCUGCUAAUUAAAAUUAAAUGCAAAUCUAAAAUAUAUAGUGCAUGGCCACGUUGGUUUGAUGGGAAUAAAAUUGAUUGGACAUUUUAAUAUCUUAUGCAUAUUAUUAUACUAUUGCUUAUUAAUUAUAAGUAAUGAAUUCCAUGAUACCUACAUUAAAAUCAUUAAAGUUUCCCGUGGCUGAUUGGUGUGGCAAUGAGUAAAUGAGUGAUACGGCUUUAAUCAGUUACUUCCUUUCGUAAUUUAUUUAUCGUGGAAAUAUUUCAUUGAAAUUUUGUUUGCUGUUAAAAAUGCUUUUAAGUUGUUAAAAUUGCCUAUGUCUCUAAUACAACUAUUGAUUCCUCUUGAGCUUUUGCAUCCAUCGUUGGGUUGAAAAUUUGGACGAAAUGUUUGAAUCGCGAGGCUUCCGCUUGUUCCAACUGGUGCGACGUUUCUUUAUCGGGUUUUACCCUAUUGUUGGACGUCGUUAUAUUGCCAAUUAAAAUGAUUAAAAUUGGUGUUGUCGCUAUAAUUAUUAGUAUUGCUAACAUUACUGUAUUGUGAAAAUGUUAAUGAUUAUAUUUGUUUUUUUUUUGUUUUUUGAAUUUUCUGUUAGCUAGAAAUGCCGGGACUCUAUAUAUAGGUGUAACAAAUUAACAUUUUAGCGGUCGUUAAUUUGCAGCAGUGCCUGCCCGCCACCGAUGCGUGGCCUCUGUGUGUACUUUAAGGUCUCCGCACACGAUACCAAACAUAUAAUAUACUAUACGCGUUGCAGGAUAGAGGGUGUUUGUGCUCGCGCACGUCCGAUAUGCGGUACCCGCGACGGAUAAGUCACUAUACCGCCAUAUCUUAAUACUUGUAAAAAAUGUUUUACGCGUGUCGUAAUAAAUUAUAAUAUUAUAUUAUUCACGAUAUUAUGAUGCAUUAUAGUCACGCGUUUUCUGUGUAUAAGAUCGUCAAUAAAAUGUGUUCGCCGCUGUUGUUUUUGUUCGCUUAUAGGUACCAAAGUCCGCGCCAAUCGUCCGCCAACAUGUUGACAGAGUGUUGCGACGUCAUGUUGGCACACAGCCCGCCGAUCUACAGCGGCCCGCCACAGGAUCAUCUGUCCGUGCUCUACAAGAACUGGUUGGUCGUGAACCAGAAGCAACAGUCGCCGUUGUCGGUGCGCCGGUCGGCGUCCUUCUCGCCGACCCGGUCGGAUGACAGACAGCCACCAACCCGGUCGGACGACAGACAGCAGACGACGGUUGCCCACUCGUCGCCCUCCUCCAGCAAGCCCCGCAGACCGUGCCUGGUGAUCAGGGCAGAUUCUGAUGGCAGCAUAGGAUCGUCGUCGUCGAGUUCGUCUUCGGACGAGAACGAGCCGUCUAGUCCGGUCCGGAGGAAAAAGAAAGUCGUUUUCGCCGACGACCGAGGCCUAUCACUGACUCAAGUGCGAUUGAUGAACGAACCGUCGAACCAGCCGCCAAAACUGAUGACCGUCGUCAGACCGUACCUACCCAAGUUGGCUAAGUCGUCGUCGUUGUCGUCGUCGUCGUCGUCCUCUUCGUACUAUCAAUCAGACGCCGCCGGCUCGGGCUCCGGGUCAGCGGCCGCGGCCAAACACCUCCAGCAGCAGCAAAUGGGAGCUGCGGAUCAGCUACUACUGCAGUGGCACCUCAGGUUCUCGCAGCCGGCUUCCAGCUACGUCGAUUUCCGGAAGCGGCUGGACACGGACAACGUGUCGCUGGAGAACGUGAUCAUCCGGUCGCCGGACAGGCGGAUCGUGGGCACGGUCAAGGUGCGCAACCUGUCCUACGACAAGGCCGUAUUCAUCCGGUGCACGCACGACCGAUGGGUCGGUCACGAAGACACGCAGUGCACGUACGUGCAGAACAACGCGAUGGUGAACGCGGCCGCGAACGGCUCCGGUUCGGCCACCGGUCCCGCGCCAAACGUCGCGGCCAUCUACGACACGUUCUCGUUCCAACUGCCGCUGCCCGUCCACACCUCGUCCAUGGAGUUCGCCGUGUGCUACAAGAGCACCGAGUUCGAGUGUUGGGACAACAACGACGGCCACAACUAUUGUCUGUCCGUGGGCAGCCCGUCCAACGGCGCCCCGCUGCAGCCGCCGCCGCAGCAAUCCGUCCUGUCGCCCGUCCUGGUCGCCGACUUCGAUCACCAUCCGAAGCAGCCCGUCCACUAUUUCGGCGCACAGUCCAGGCAGAACUCGUGGUCCGGAUGGCGCGAACAGAAAAACGAAGCUUCCGCGUACUGGUGAACGACCCCUCAGCCGCCAAAGUCCGCCUGUCUAAAAUAUUGUGAGAAUUAUUAUUUUUUAAUCUAAAAAAUAUCUAAAAAAAAAAAAAACUGCAACAAAACGACAAAGUUUAGCAGUGAGAACUGCAGUUCGUUGGCCACCCAAAAUAUCAUUAUUAGUCGACGUGCAUGACCGCGUGUAAAUAACCGAUUAAUGUUAAGAAAAAUGAAAUGUAUACGUUUGUUUUUAUACAAUUUUUGAAUUUUUAUAUAGGUACCUCUAUUUAUUGUUUUAGAUUAAGCAUUUUCAAAAAAAUAUUUAUUCAUCAUCACAUUUUUUUAAAUAUAGAAUAUUAUAUCAACGUACUGACAAACUUUUUUACAUAAAAAAAAAAAUAAUAAACAGUUAUAAAUCAAACACUGUAAUCUAGUGGAAUCGUUGAUUUGAUAUUUUAACUUUUUUCCUGUUUUAAUGUACUGAAGUAUAAAAAAAGAAAUAUUAAUCUUAAAAUUAAUUUAUUAUUAUUAUUAUUAUUAUUAUUAUUAUUAUUAUUAUUAUUAUUAUUAUUAUUAUUCACAUAUUAUAUACAUUUUUUUACGCCUUAUGAGUUUUACUUGUGUUGUAUCAUUGUAUAUUUUUUUUUUUUUUUUAAUAGAAAGUGAUAUUGUGUAAAUUAAAGACUAAAUGGCCAUCUCAUAUAAGACUGAUCUGUACAUAUAUUAUAAUAUUUGUAUUUUACUUUUCUUGUUGUCGUGGAAGACCCUAAAACGUCUGUUUAUUGUUUUGUAUAAUUAUUUAUUAUUUAUUUUUAUUACUACUAUUUUUACUUUUAUUUUAUUACCCACUGCUAUUGUGUUCUUUUAAAUUAUUUACUCACCCACGUUUUAAGCUUAGAAUAACUCAACGGAAACGUGUGUGAUCCGUGUUCGUGGGACAACCCUUCUUCAAAUACACUGUUAUAUUUUUGAGAUGGCCAAAACAAAUAUUUUUAUUUAAAUAAUAUUUAAUUGUUCAGAAAAAAAAAACUCAAGUUUAUUCUUAUUUCGUCGAAAAUCGUUUAAAUCACGCCCUUACCACAGCUAUUCCGCCAUCACUCCUUCUACCACUCACGUAAUUAAUAUACAGCUUGUAAUCACGUGUUAUCUAUUAUAUAUUUGUCCAUACACAUAUAUUCGUAGCGUUUAGUUUUUAAUGUGUAAUUUUUUACUAUGCUUAUGUUUAAAUUAGUAGUAUUUGUUACACAGAUACAAUCCGUCGAUUGUAUCUAUGUAACCGAUAUCUAAUAUAAUAACGGCUCAUAACGCAGCAGUGCAUAAUAAUAUUAUAAUUUAUAAUUAUAUAAUUUGUUUAUUAUACGUGUGAGUUCAGUAUCUCCCACUAUCCACGAACCACGUCAUCAUUGUGAUCAUUUGUUAUUCGUUAAAAUUAAAUCGUGAUGUCUAGUAGCUUCGAUCGCCCGUAAAAUUUAUCGUCUGCCCAUCAAAUUCAAAAGAAAAAUAUUAGUAGACAAAAAUCUAGUCAUUAGCUUAAUGCCUCGAUUAGAAACGCGUUUCGCCUAGGUCAAUGUGAACCAUAAUAUUCUGAAGGACGCAUUGCUGCAUUAUGUUCCUGUAGUUCUAAUUUAUCUAAACAAAAAUAUUAUAUUAUAUGUAUUUAUAUAAACACGUUAUUCUAUUUUAUGAAAGACCAAUUAUUAUAAUAUUAUGUAAAAAACCAUAUUGGUUUAGUUUUUAUCGAAUUUAACUUUACACCAAUAUUGUGUACUCUCGAAUAAUAUUUAUGUAUUAUAUUAAUUAUACGUACCCUAGGUAUAUAAUAUUAUGUAUAUUAACAAUCAUUGUCAAAUAUAUCAUAUCAAAUCCAUAUAGUGUAAAAUAUUAUUUAGUGUUUAGUGUAGAGUAGAGCUCAAUAGUAGCUCGAAGAAUGUGUAAAUAUCAUAUCGUAAUAUUUUCACUUAUAGGUAGUAACAAAUAACUAACAUUAUACUCGUUUUAUGUUGUAUAUUAUUGUAAAAAAAAAUCCAUGAUUAUUUCUAGCUAUUGUGAUUUAUAUAUUUAUUAUUAUCAUCAUCAUCGUAAUAUUAUUAUUAUUAUUAUUAUUAUUAUUAUUAUUAUCAAUAAUUGUUAUUAAAUAUUUAUUUUAUUUUAUUAUAUUAUACUUAGGAUAUCAAUCAAUCGAUAUGCUAAUCGAUUUGUAAUUUUGUAAACGCCGAUUUAUGUACAAUAUCCAUUUUUAUUUACUGUACAAAGUGAAUUGUAAAUAUAAUCAGUGUUAUUUUCG